CGCCGCCAGGUCUGCGGCUGGUCUCCCGGUGGGAUUUGCGGAGGGUCAUGAAUCAGGCCGACGCACCCCGGCCGCUCAACUGGACCAUCCGGAAGCUGUGCCACGCUGCCUUCCUCCCCUCCGUCAGACUUCUUAAGGCACAGAAGUCAUGGAUAGAGAGAGCAUUUUACAAGAGAGAAUGUGUUCAUAUCAUACCCAGCACCAAAGACCCCCAUAGGUGUUGCUGUGGGCGUCUAAUAGGUCAACAUGUUGGACUAACUCCAAGCAUCUCCAUUAUUCAGAAUGAGAAAAAUGAAAGCAGGCUUACUCGCAAUGACAUCCAGUCAGAGAAGUGGUCCAUCAGCAAGCACACACAACUCAGCCCAACGGAUGCUUUUGGAACCAUUGAGUUCCAAGGAGGAGGCCACUCCAAUAAAGCCAUGUACGUACGUGUGUCCUUUGACACAAAGCCUGACCUUCUUCUGCAUCUGAUGACCAAAGAGUGGCAGCUUGAGCUCCCUAAACUCCUCAUCUCUGUACAUGGGGGCCUUCAGAAUUUUGAACUUCAGCCAAAACUGAAGCAAGUCUUUGGAAAAGGCCUCAUUAAGGCUGCUAUGACAACUGGGGCAUGGAUUUUCACUGGAGGAGUAAACACAGGAGUCAUUCGGCAUGUUGGAGAUGCACUGAAAGAUCAUGCUUCAAAAUCUCGAGGGAAGAUCUGCACCAUUGGUAUAGCUCCCUGGGGGAUUGUGGAAAAUCAAGAGGAUCUGAUUGGCAAAGAUGUGGUUCGACCAUACCAGACAAUGUCCAAUCCCAUGAGUAAGCUGACUGUGCUCAACAGUAUGCAUUCUCAUUUUAUUUUGGCUGACAAUGGCACUACUGGUAAAUAUGGAGCAGAAGUGAAACUGCGUAGACAGCUGGAAAAGCACAUUUCACUUCAGAAGAUAAAUACAAGAAUUGGUCAAGGAGUUCCAGUGGUGGCCCUUAUUGUGGAAGGAGGUCCUAAUGUUAUCUCUAUUGUUCUGGAGUACCUGCGAGACACUCCUCCUGUUCCUGUUGUGAUAUGUGAUGGCAGUGGCCGCGCAUCUGACAUCCUUGCCUUUGGUCACAAAUACUCUGAAGAAGGAGGACUUAUCAACGAGUCUUUGAGGGACCAGUUGCUAGUUACCAUACAGAAGACUUUCACAUAUACCCGAACCCAGGCACAGCACCUCUUUAUUGUCCUCAUGGAGUGCAUGAAGAAGAAGGAGCUGAUCACAGUAUUUCGCAUGGGAUCAGAAGGACACCAGGAUAUUGAUUUAGCUAUCCUGACAGCAUUACUAAAAGGAGCUAACGCAUCUGCUCCCGACCAGCUGAGCCUAGCAUUAGCCUGGAACAGAGUAGACAUCGCUCGCAGCCAAAUCUUUAUUUAUGGGCAACAGUGGCCGGUGGGCUCCCUUGAGCAAGCAAUGCUGGAUGCACUGGUGUUGGACAGAGUGGAUUUUGUGAAAUUGCUCAUAGAAAAUGGAGUAAGCAUGCAUCGUUUUCUCACCAUCUCCCGGCUAGAGGAAUUGUACAAUACGAGACAUGGACCAUCCAACACUCUCUAUCAUCUAGUCAGGGAUGUCAAAAAGGGAAAUUUACCUCCUGAUUAUCGGAUAAGUCUGAUUGAUAUUGGUUUGGUGAUAGAAUAUCUGAUGGGAGGAGCAUAUCGCUGCAAUUACACCCGAAAGCGGUUCAGAACACUGUACCACAAUUUGUUUGGACCCAAAAGGCCAAAAGCCCUGAAACUGUUGGGAAUGGAGGAUGAUGUCCCUUUGCGGCGAGGGAGGAAAACAACCAAAAAAAGAGAAGAAGAAGUUGACAUUGAUUUGGAUGACCCUGAGAUCAAUCAUUUCCCCUUUCCAUUCCACGAGCUGAUGGUGUGGGCCGUGCUGAUGAAACGUCAAAAGAUGGCUCUCUUCUUUUGGCAGCAUGGGGAAGAAGCUAUGGCUAAAGCACUAGUGGCUUGUAAACUGUGCAAAGCCAUGGCACACGAAGCAUCAGAAAAUGACAUGGUGGAUGACAUAUCCCAAGAACUGAACCAUAAUUCCAGGGACUUUGGCCAGUUGGCGGUGGAGCUGUUGGACCAAUCAUACAAGCAGGAUGAGCAACUGGCAAUGAAACUGCUGACCUACGAGCUAAAGAACUGGAGCAAUGCCACAUGCCUACAGCUCGCAGUGGCAGCCAAGCACAGGGACUUCAUUGCUCACACUUGCAGCCAAAUGCUACUCACAGACAUGUGGAUGGGUCGUCUCCGGAUGCGCAAAAAUUCUGGCCUAAAGGUAAUUCUAGGAAUUCUACUUCCUCCUUCAAUUCUCAGCUUGGAGUUCAAGAACAAAGAUGAUAUGCCUUACAUGUCCCAGGCUAAUGAGAUCCAUCUUCAAGAGAAGGAGCCAGAGGAACCAGAGAAGCCAGUGAAAGAAAAAGAGGAGGAGGACAUGGAACUCACUGCAAACAGCAGGAGCUGCCCACAGGAGCCCGUCUGCAGGCAGGCAGAAGAAUCUGCUUACAAGACCCAAUAUGCAGACAAGCCAAAGGAGCAGCCCACAAGACCCACCUGCAGGACCCGUUUGCAGGCAAUGCUGGGACGAGGGAAUGGAGAGUCCUCAAGAAAGAAAGAAGAAGAGGAAGUUCAGAGCAAGCACAGACUGAUCCCUUUUGGAAGAAAGAUUUAUGAGUUCUACAAUGCUCCCAUUGUUAAAUUUUGGUUUUACACAUUGGCUUAUAUAGGCUACUUGAUGCUGUUCAAUUACAUAGUGUUAGUGAAGAUGGAUCGCUGGCCAUCUACACAGGAAUGGAUUGUCAUCUCGUAUAUUUUCACUCUGGGAAUAGAGAAGAUGAGAGAGAUAUUGAUGUCAGAGCCUGGAAAACUAUUACAGAAAGUGAAAGUUUGGCUCCAGGAGUACUGGAACGUUACUGAUCUCAUCGCUAUCCUCCUGUUCUCUGUCGGAAUGGUGCUCCGUCUGCAAGACCUGCCGCUGCGGAGCGAUGGCCGAGUAAUCUACUGUGUUAACAUCAUCUACUGGUAUAUACGGUUAUUGGACAUCUUCGGAGUAAACAAGUAUUUGGGACCAUAUGUUAUGAUGAUUGGGAAAAUGAUGAUAGACAUGAUGUACUUUGUCAUCAUCAUGUUGGUGGUUCUGAUGAGCUUUGGUGUUGCAAGACAAGCUAUUCUGUUCCCCAAUGAGGAGCCCUCAUGGAAGCUGGCAAAAAACAUUUUCUACAUGCCUUACUGGAUGAUCUAUGGAGAAGUGUUUGCAGACCAGAUAGACCCUCCUUGUGGUCAAAAUGAAACCAGAGAAGAUGGCAAAAUAAUCCAGCUACCUCCCUGCAAGACAGGAGCAUGGAUUGUUCCUGCCAUCAUGGCCUGUUACCUCUUGGUUGCAAACAUCCUUUUGGUGAACCUCCUCAUUGCUGUUUUCAACAAUACAUUUUUCGAAGUCAAAUCCAUAUCCAAUCAAGUAUGGAAGUUUCAAAGAUAUCAGCUAAUCAUGACAUUUCAUGAAAGACCUGUUCUCCCACCACCUCUGAUCAUUUUCAGCCAUAUGACUAUGAUAUUCCAACACCUCUGCUGCAGAUGGCGGAAGAAUGAAAGUGACCCAGAUGAGAGAGACUAUGGAUUAAAACUGUUCAUAACUGAGGAUGAACUGAAAAAAGUCCAUGAUUUUGAAGAGCAGUGCAUAGAAGAAUAUUUUAGAGAAAAGGAUGACAGAUUCAACUCCUCCAAUGAUGAAAGAAUCCGUGUCACUUCAGAAAGGGUAGAGAACAUGGCCAUGCGACUGGAAGAAGUGAAUGAGAGAGAGCACUGCAUGAAGGCCUCUUUGCAGACUGUUGACAUCAGGCUUGCUCAGCUGGAAGAUAUGAUGGGACGAAUGGUGGCUGCCUUAGAAAAACUGACUGGCAUAGAGAGAGGUGAGACAACCAAGAUACGAUCCAGGACCUCAUCUGACUGUACUGAUGUAGCCUACAUUGUAAGGCAGAGUAGCUUCAAUAGUCAGGAAGGAAAUACUUACAAGCUUCAAGAAAGCAUAGAUCCCAUGGGAGAGGAGUCCAUGUCUCCAACAUCUCCUACAAUCACACCCCGCAUGCGAAGCCACUCUUUCUAUGCAACAAAUAUGAAGGAGAAGUGUGGGUUGGAAAAGUUUGAAAGUAUCUUUAAGGAAAGAUCUCCAAGCCUGCAUCGGGCUACCAGUUCCCACUCGAUAGCAAAAGAAGGAAAGGUUCCCUUAGCCCCUACCAGCACUUUGUCAAUUGCCCCGAACUCCAGAAGGCCUUCAUCUUGCAUAGACAUCUACGUCUCUGCUAUGGAUGAGAUGCACUCUGACACAGAGCCACUUGACAGCUCCAUAAAUAUUCUUGGUGCUGGAGACACAGCUCUGCAGGCUCACAUAACCUCUUCCAUUUUAGCAAACAGUGCAUACAUUAGCAGUACACCUGCUGAAAAAAUUUCUGGCAGGAGUCUUGAUUAUGAGGAAACCUCUGGAAUAGAAACAAGAGCAUUUUCUUCAGACUAUUCGCAAAUCACAGAUUGCCAAAUCCCUUGGGAUUCAGACCCUCCCUUGUAUCAUACAUUAGAGCGCUCUAAAAGCAGUCGUUAUCUGGCUACAACUGCAUUUAUUCUGGAGGAAACACCAAUUGUGAAAUCUCACAGUUUUAUGUUCUCUCCAUCUCGAAGCUACUUCACCAGCCUUGGUGUCCCAGUCAAAACAGCAGAAUACACAAGCAUUACAGACUGCAUAGACACAAGGUGUGUGAGUGCUCCCCAGGCCAUCGCAGAGAGAGACUGUUUCCCUGGAAGUCUUGGAGACAAAGUGGAGGACUUGGGAUGCUGCCAUCCAGAGAGAGAGGCUGAACUAAGUCACCCAAGCUCUGAUCAUGAGGAUAUUGAGACCAAAGACAGGAAGGGAAUCCCCUUAUCUCCUCAAGAUGGCAAUGCUACAAGAACUUUGGCCAACAGCAUCCCCCUUCCAAAAAUAGAGCGGGCCAACAGCUACUCUGCAGAGGACUCCAACAUGUUGCGUGCACAGCACACACGGAAGAGCUACUCUAUCAGUGACAAACUUGACAGACAGCGAAACACAACAGGCCUGCGAAACCCAUUCCAGAGGAGUAAGUCCUCGAGGCCAGAGACCAGAGGGGACAAUCUCUCCAUGAGAAGACUGUCAAGAACAGGAGCCUUCCGCAGCUUUGAAAGCAAGCACAGCUAGGCCUAGACAAAGCUCAUGGGCAGUCUAAGAGUCAUCAG